AUGUCAGAAGCUUUUGAAAUUGUGAAAUCGGUGGUAGAAAAGCCAGCUAAAGAUGAUUGUGCCCUAUACACAGAUUUACUUGCAUCUAAAUUAAGACGAUUUGAUGAAAGAACUCGUAUAAUUCUAAUGAACGAGAUUGACAAUUUAGUAUUUCGUACUGAAAUUAAUUUAACCAGUUCCAUAAAUAUAUUAAAUUCUGCAGUUCAUUCAGAAAAUAAUUUAAUAAAUAUUUCAACUAAUCCUUUGUCAAAUAACUCACUAAGAAAUAUUUUGAGUUCUGAAGAUUCAAUGCUAUAUUUUAACGAUUAUUCCAACCAAAAAAAAUCUACACAUGGUAUAUCUACUUCUCAAGUUUCUUCAGAACCGAUCGUAAAUGUGCGUUCUGAGCCUCAUAUUUAUUCAAAUUACUUACAACAAAAUAUUGAGUCUCCUAAACAAUCAACAUAUUCACAUAGUACAUCUACUUCUCAAGUUUCUUCAAAACCACUCGAAAAUGUUCGUUCUGAGGCUCAAAUAUAUUCAAAUUACUUACAACAAAAUAUUGAGUCUCCUAAACAAUCAACAUAUUCACAUAGAACAUCAACUUCUCAAGUUUCUUCAGAACCGAUCUUAAAUGUGCGUUCUAAGCCUCAUAUUUAUUCAAAUUACUUACAACAAAAUAUUGAGUCUCCUAAACAAUCAACAUAUUCACCUAGUACAUCUGAUUCUCAAGUUUCUCUAGAAUCCAUUUUAGAUGUGACUUCUGAGUCUCUUACGUAUUCCGAUUACACACAACAUAACACAACGUAA